CAUACAAGGACAUAAUUUAUAUCCCAUUUAAUAUAAAUGCUACCGUGGUACGUUGAGCUGGCUUUGGACGCCAUUUGUCUGGUCCUCAUGCUGGGAGCAGCUUCAUUCUGGGCUGGCUCCGGCGUGGAGUCUCGUCCCAAGUAUAGGGACGAACAGACCAUGAUCGGAGGAGCCAUCUGGAGCCAGCUGAUCAUCAAUAUUGCGCUAAUGCUGUCAGUGAUGCUGGAUGCCUCGUUAGACCAGUACAUUGCUUUUUACUUCUUGUUCUGCAGUACGGUGCUACUGCUAGUGACUGGAUCUCUUCUGAUCUGGCAAGAAUGCAAGGCUUUCAUGAUCCGCGUGAGGGAACAAAGGAUGGCUCGAACGCGCGGGGUGGUCCUGGACCAAGACCCCCUGGACCGCUGUGACUGGGUCUACAUGAGCAUAGCCACACUCUGCGUGGUCGCCGGUUUAGUCUGUGCCGUCCAUGUGUUCCUUAUUGUUUUAUUUUAGGAGAUUAGCCGUUUUAAGGUAAGCGUCCAUCUUUCGGGAUUGCCGACGCCGUUUCUCCAUAGGUACUUACGUUUAUGGCAAUCCGUUUGUUAUGAUAAGUAAGAUACUGAAAGGUGAACGCUUACCUUUAGCAGUAUAAUAUAGCCAUAUUAACUUAUAUAAUUUACGAUAUGGCGAUGUGAUAAAGUGACUUAUUUAUUAAAUAAGAAUUGUAAGCUGUUGAACAGUUUUAUCCGUUUUUAAAUAAAUUAUUAAAAUUAUAAUAUA